UAGUCGCGUAGUGAAGUGAGAAAGUGCUUAUUUUUUUUUCUCAUUAAAAGUAAUGUCUCGUUAUAAUUUAAGUUAUGAAUUAUCACGAACGGGGAAAACUCGUUACUAAAAAUGACGGUACUUAAUCAUCGCUAGCAGUCAUCGCAUUUAGACGAGAAAUGCACAUUUUACACGCUGUCUGGGUUUAAAAAGUAUGCAUGAUAUCAUGGAACCCGGCUCACAGUCAAGUCGGUCUCACAGGCAUCAUCCACACUCUCAUUCUCGGACUCACCACUUAGAUAAGCACUAUCCUCAUAGUCACCGCGACAUUCACCGAGACGUAUACCGAGAAUUACCAAGAGAAUUACUGCGGGACCCGUACGUUCGAGAUCCGUACCGAGAAGCACACCGAGACCCCUUGAUCUAUCGGGAAGCUUAUCUUCGAGAUGCUUAUCGUGAAUCAUCGAGGGAUCCUUACCGUGAAUCCCAUAGUGAAUUGUACAGAGAUAGUCGGGAACUACUUCGUGAAUUACCUAGAGAAUCAUAUCGUGACCUGUAUCGAAGUUCUCGUGAGUCAAGCCGAGAUUUGCAUCGAGAAUCCUCCAGAGAUAUCAGACGAGAAUCGCAUCGUGAAAGUCAUCGAGAAUUGGAUCGAGACCGGGGGCAUGCCCGGGAAAGAGCAACAUCUAGGGAACCAUCAAGAGCAACCUCUCGGGAACCUUCAAGAGCCACGUCUCGAGAACCUCCAAGAGAGUCGUUACGCGACUCUUCAAGAGAAUUAACACGAGAACUGCAGAAAGAGUUGCCUCCUGAGCCACAUAGAGAGCCACCCCCUGAACCUCAACGAGAAUCAUCCAAAGAACCCCAACGAGAAGCUCCCAAAGAGCAGCCUCGUGACAAAAAGCUUCUAAAUUAUAAAUUGUUAGUUGAUCCUGCCCUAAUCAAAGGUGCCCAAAAAGUCUAUCGUUACAAUGGCGUUUGUGAAGAUACAUCAUUUCCGAAAGUCGUCCAAGUGAAAGACCCUCGUUCUCAUCUGACAAAAUUAUGGGCACGACUAGAAAUUUUAGAUCUACCUGUUCCUAGAUUUAAGAUAGAUAAAAACUAUGUGGGUGAACCACCCCCUGUGGAAGUCACAAUUUGUAAUCUAAAUGACAAUAUAGAUAAGGGAUUUCUCUCUGAUAUGGUUCAAAAAUUUGGCGUUGUAGAGGAGUUGUAUAUCUACUAUCAUCCAGUAACAAAUAAACAUUUGGGUUUAGCCAGAGUCAUGUUCGAAAGUGUGAAGUCAUCAAAGCAAUGCGUGGAACGCUUGAAUAAUACUUCUGUGAUGGGCAAGGUGUUGAGAGUAUUUUUAGAUGCAUUUGGUGAAGAAUGCAAAAAUAUUUUCACAUCUCUAACGGAGGAGAAGAAAAGUGAACCGCCAGAGGAGGAGAAGAAAAUGCAGAAAUCGAUCUCAACGGAGAAGGAUGACACCAAAUCCUCAACAUCCGUCAAAAAACCUGAAGUGCCUGUGAAGUGUGAAACGGAUUCAAUAGACCAGAAAUUAGACAAAGUUUACCCGCAUAAAGACUUAACGACUCCUAACAGCGAUAUCGGUUACAACUCUGCGCCGAGUGAAGUUGGUAGUUUCACUGCCACAUCAGACCGAACUUACACCUCGAGUACAAAAGAUUACGGUUAUAAUAGCUCAAUACAUUCCACACCUGUCAGCUAUGACUAUCACUCCACGCCUACAUCCGCCAGUGCUCACUACGUAGCUGGCUUCCAGCACGCUCCCCCUAUACCUUCUACGCCAUAUCCCCCACUACCCCCGCCUCAACCGAGCGCCCACUACCCUCAACCCCCUCCCCCUCCCUUACCAGCAAAUAGUAUGAGUCAAUUUAGUGUUCCCCCUCCAGCCGUUAGUUCAAUGCCAUCAUACUCUGGGCAGUAUGGCUUAAACCGUCCCCACUAUUCACAUAUAGGCCCUCAUGCAAUGCCUCCAACUCAUUGGUGGGCCCCUGAUGGGGAGAGGUCGUGGUCUCAGGUGCAACAAAAUUCCCCUGCUUGGAAUGCAUCACAAACACCGGCUACUCAGUCACCCAGUGAAAGGAAGUCAAAUUCAAAGAAGUCAAAGAAAUCAAGUAAACACACCAAGUCUGUAGACAAUGAUAAAUCAACGGAUAAGCCUACGGUAGAUUUAGAUACGAGGAUAGAAAUGCUUCUGAAAGGGAAGUCAACCUGUGCAUCUUUUCUCAAUAAUAUUAUAUCUAGCGAUUCUGAAGACGACCGAAGCAAGGUAUCCGGCAGGAGGAAAAGCUUGUUAUCCUCGGACUCGGAUAAUGAUCUAGAAAAGAAAAAUUCCUCGGAGAUUGUUGAUGGCUCUACAGUUGUUUCAUCCCUGGAGGAUGAUCUGGCUCCGCGUGAACCUCUGUCGACUCCACCGUCCCCGUUCUUGUCGAAAGAGAUCUACCUAGAGUGCUUCCAGAAGCAUGUUGAGGCAUUGAAGGAAGCUAAGGAAAAAGAGAGGCGCGAAACCAGGGCUCUGAUCAGCAAUUCGCUCAAAAAUAUGGAUGAUCCUUUACAUAGUGAAAUCAGCUCAAGUGAAGAUGAAACACUAACGCAGAGUCCAAAAUUCUCAAAGCUCCUACAAUUCCGAAGCACUGAAAACAAGAGCAUUUUAUCAACCAUCCGCGAAAGCAUGGAAUCAUCCAACACCAAAGAUUUAAAAGAAGACGAAGACGACCACGACGAAGAUGCAAUGAGUCUGUCAAGUUUGAGCUCCGGGGACGAGAAAAUCGUGGAGGAGAAAAACAUGAUGUCGGACGUUCACCAGUACCCACCACCUCACGUUCACCUCUCCGCACAUAUGUACCCUGCAGACUACGCGAUUCGACCUGGGUUCGCACCAAAUUACCCGCCUCCGUUCUUUCAAGCACAGCUCCCGAGUCACCAACGAUAUCCGCCCCCGCAGUUCUGGGGUCGACCGGAGAGCGAGACACAGUUCUCAUUCCCGCCUACCACGAUGUUCAGUCAACCACCCCCUGGGUUCCCAGCUCUGGGGAAUGCAGCUCUUCAUAUUCUCCCUCGGCAACUUUCUCAGAUCGGUGCGCCUCUUGGCUCGCUGCCUCACAAGCCGGGCGGUGGCAGCAUCAACGACCGGUUGCAGAUCAAGCUACAUGCGCUUACAAUCGAAGGAGUUGUGGAUAGAAUUACGAAGGAGCUGAAACAGAUCCUGAAAAGAGACUUUAACAAAAAAAUGAUUGAGGGAAAUGCGUUUCAAGCGUUGGAUGAAUGGUGGGACAAACAGGAACUUGCUUCAAAAUCUCAGUCAACUGCUGCUGCAGAACCAGAAAAUUCCAGUGCCAAACCUGCCACUUCACUUCCUCUCGUUCCCCCAUCCAUUGCCGGUAACUUCUUAGAUUCACUAUUAGAUUCAAGUCGCGAAGGGCUAGAAACUCUUUCGUCCAUGAACGGGUUAGGUCUUGGUCUGCGAGCAUCAAUACCAAAAAUGCCGUCCUUCAGGCGGAAGCGGAAAGCACCAUCGCCAGUUCAGGAUGAGUCCUCUCGUGCUGAUGGAAGUGAUCAGGAAGAGAUGGUCAUUCCAUCUGAUUCAGAAUCUCAGUUGGAGCCGGAAACUGCCAAUACUAGUUAUGCAAGGCGGAAACUGCUUUCUAGCCUAUCCUCAAUCAGUAGCAGCACUGAUUCAUCUGACAGCUCAAGCGAGUUAUCCGACAGCUCAAUAGAUUCUAUUAGUUCGGACGAAUUGAGUGAUGAUGAUGAGAAGUUAGACGAUCAUCUCCGGUAUCUUGAUCUCAUUGAUUUAGAAGAUAUAGAUAAAUUCAGGUCGAGAACACCAGAAGGCAGGCUUACUCCAACGCCCUCCGAACCGGCAAGUGAUAUCACUGAAGACGAGCUGAAAGGAGCGGAGAGUGAGCCAAUGGAUUAUGAAUACUCUGAUCGCACUAAGCACACUCUGGAGGAGAUAGAAAUGUUACUUUCGUCGAAUAGUUACUUCCCAAGGAAGAAGAAACCUACCAUCCCUCGCACCUCUGUUUCAUCUAGUCCUCAAGAUAAUUCUAUCAAAUUGUCUUGUUUAAAACGUACUGCUGUUGAUAGUAAAUCGUUAUCCAAAGAGGUGGAAGCAAAGAAACCGAAAACAGCAUCACUGAAUGGAGAUAUAACCUCAAAAGAAAUUCUACCUAAGACUGAACCUAGCUCACCCUCCAGAAAUCCCUCUCCUAUUUCGUUGAUGGAACCUCAAUUGAAAUUAGAAAAAUGUGAUGUCAAGGCGGAUGUUGUAGCGCCCGAGCCAAUGGAGUUCAUCGAAAAAGAAGAGUCAAAACAAGCAACUAGCACUCCGACGAAAGAGCUUGAGGAGGUAGAAGAAGAGGAGGAAGAAGAAAACGAAAAUUGGAUCGCAAACGACCACACCUACUGUCGAAUGAAAGUCAGCAACGAUGAAUCGAUCAAGUCGCACAAUUCAUCAGCAAUUGCAACUCCGCAGAAAGGUGAUGAGUCGACCAUCACUGUAGGAACACCGACAACUCCAAAAACUCCGAAAACUCCAGUAUCGACGGGCAGAAGUAAAAAGCCGCUCACGCCUAUUCAAGACAAUUUGAUUGAGCAACCCCCAGAGCCCAUAAUGAAAGAACCCAAGCCGUCUGUUAAACAGAGAGCUUCAUUGAUGUUCCCGAAACGUGAUUUGCGAUCAGAAAUGACAACGAUGUUUGAAUUCUUAACAAAAGGAAUCGAUGCAGAGGACAUUGCUUACAUGAAACAAGCCUAUGAAAAUCUUUUAGCCUCCGAGGAUCCAAUAGUUUAUUGGUUGAACGACACUCAUUGGGUUGACCAUCCAGUGACAGAUUUAACUAGCGUUUCUCCGGUCAAGAAGCGAAAGCGGGACGACUGGCACGUCCACGCCACAGGCUGUGCACGAACAGAAGGGUUCUACAAAGUUGACGUUGUUCAGAAAGCAAAGCAUAAGUACCACUUCGGUCAAACCAUCACGCAGAUAGCUUCAAUGAAGGAAAGAUUGUCCGAGCAAAGUAGGGUGAAGGCAUCAACGGGGAAAAUGUUGGCGCUUUCAAGAGAAGCCCGUAGUAAUCAAAGGAGGCUGUUGACUGCAUUUGGUGCAGCUACGGACAGUGAUUUGCUCAAAUUCAAUGUUCUUAAGUUCCGAAAGAAACAACUUCGAUUCGCCAAAUCUGCCAUUCAUGACUGGGGACUUUUUGCUAUGGAGCCGAUCGCUGCCGAUGAAAUGGUCAUAGAGUACGUCGGCCAAAUGGUACGCCCCAUGGUUGCUGAUCUGAGAGAACGGGCUUACGAAGCAAUCGGUAUCGGAUCAUCUUACCUGUUCCGUAUUGAUACAGACACCAUAAUUGAUGCAACGAAAUGCGGGAAUCUGGCCCGUUUCAUCAAUCAUAGCUGCAAUCCUAACUGCUACGCUAAAAUCAUUACGAUAGAAAGUCAAAAGAAAAUUGUGAUCUAUUCCAAACAACCGAUUAGCGUCAACGAGGAAAUCACUUACGAUUACAAAUUCCCUCUAGAAGACGAAAAAAUACCUUGUCUUUGUGGUGCCCAAGGGUGUCGUGGAACUCUUAAUUGAAAUUGUGAUAACAUUUUUUUCUUCAUUUUUUUUGUACAUAGUCAUUUUUUUAUUGCCUUGUACAUAACUUAGUCGUAUUCUUUUUAUAUUAUUAUUUUAAUUUGUAUUUUUCUCUAUCAGCUUAGUCACCCUUUUUUUCUUUUUGUUUUUUUUUUAUUUGACUUGUUCAUUGUUAUCUUUCUUGACUGUACGUAAUAACAAACGUUCAUGUGUGUUAACAAUUCCUCUUCUCUGUUGUGUAAAAAAAAUUUAGUGAAUGAAUUUGUACAUUUUUUUGAGUAUGAUUUUAACAGUGAAUUUUUUUUCUUCAGUUUUAAGAAAAAUGAAUAAUGUGUAUUUUGUAGUCAACGGUUUGUUCAGUAUCUAGCAAUAUGAUGUACUCUGACAAGUACAGAAUUAAAUAGGUCAGUCCAUAGUCAGAAACAGACAAGAUUCUCAAUUAUCCAAAUUACCUAUUUUCCGCUCACAAACCCAUGUCCAUCGGGUUUAUUUUGGUGCUUGCGACUUUACCUAAACAUAAUUUAAAAUUCUGCCAACACUGUCGUGAUAAGGUCAAACGCUUCGGAAACAUUCAAACAUUGCCAAAUUUUCACCGUUACUGCAAUUUAAGAGAAAAUUUGUUAAUAUUUCUCCUUGACAGUUUUCAUACUUUAAAUCAAGUUGCCAAGGAAAUUCCUUUUAAAGUUGAGGGGAGAAUUCACAAAUUUUCCAGGAAAUUCGAAUUGAAUCAAAGACAAUUUGGCAAUGUCUGAAGACUUAUGCAGCGUUCUUUCUUAGCACAUCAGAAUACAAAUAAGCCAACUUUGAAAAUGUUGAACCUGCUGUUCCAAUUAUUUUAUAACUUUAAUCAGUUGUAUUUUUAGAAAACCAAAAAAAUCUUUGGAAAUACAAUAUAUGCAAAAUUCUAAAACACAAUACCCAUAAAUUGUCCUUUAAUGCAAAAAAAAAAAAAAAAAAUCGAUAAGGAUGUGAACAAUCCAUCGACAAAAGAAUUCAUGAAUUUUUAAUAUUUAAGUUUGAUUUUGUGUUUAAGGGUUUCUUUAACCAAACACUAAUUAUCAUCAGCGACUAUGUCAGUGAAAAAUAUGUUAUUACCGAAGAUAAUGAUUGUGAUAAUAAUCAUAGUAAUUGAAGACGAACAUCACUAUUUUUAUAGAUGUACUGUCUUUAGAAUUUUUUUUUCUUUUUUUGCUGACUGUUCAUUCGAAUUCGAUUUUUUUUGUUUAAGAACUUUUUUUGAGCGUUUAUUCAUAGACAUGGUUUCGGUAACUUGAUUCUCGUAACUAUUGACCAUCAGUUUUUUGUCUCGUUCCAACUUGCCUUGAAACUGAAAAAGAACAAGAGUGAAGCUUUACCGCAAAAUUUCACAACUGCCUAGGAUUUUUUAAAGGAUAGGAUAAAUUGUUGACAGGGUAUAGAAGAAAUAUCCUCUGAUACUCUGUUUGCAGUUUAAAAGUAAAUGAACCUCCUAAUUUUGAUGGGUAACCCUCAAUACUUGCAUCCAUGUCCUUUCUUUAUGGUCAAAAUUGAGCUGUAUUAGCAUUGACUGUGCAAGGAUUUCAAAUAAAAACUUGAAAAAUGUCAAAAUAAACAAAGCAAGAAACCUCUUUGGGAUUUCCAAUGUAAAAUGUUUUCAAAAUUUACUUAGAAAGAAUUUUUUUUUUAAAAAAAGUCAGAGUUGAGAUUUUGUCAAAUUCUAAAAUUUGUGCUUGUUGAUAUCUGAUCUGUCAAAGUCAUUAGGAGUAUGGCUUUGAAGACAAGUUGUUCUGUUUGAAGUUUGUAAUGAUCGGGCUGUUUUAACUCUUCUUACUUUUGCUGUUUAUGGGUCCGUUCUAAUCUCACAGCUUUUUUGUGGUAUAUACAAAUCUAGUUAUGAAGCAUGGGUCAAGUCCAAACGGCCGUUCUUGGAACCUGAACGCAGAAUGCUGCAUACACUCAUUCAUCACUCAACUAUGAUUUGGCAAUCUUUUACUUUGAUGAUAAAUUGAUUUUUUUGGAGCUGUUGAUCAAGAAACUCCAUGAUUUAACAGUUGAAAUUAUUACGAAAACUAUGUAAAGCCGAAGAUCUUAUCAAGCAAAUCUUCAUGUGAGUAUACCAGUAUUGGUACUUGCAAGAAUAUUUCUUUUUUCGAAAAGAGUCCUAUCUCUUAAAUUAGACCCAGCUCAUUGAUAUAAUCUAUAUCUUUAUGCAUGACUUUACUGUCAGAGUUAUUGUGUUUAAGGAUGAUGCUAAGAGAGGAUAAUUUUUUCCCCAUUUUAUCCUUACAGCUAGGUUCUGGAUACUUUUAUGCAUCAACUUAAAAAGUUGGCCCUUUUUUAUUUUUAUCGCCACCUAAUUGUGAUAUGAACUGACCUUCCUGUGGCAGGAUGAUCUAAUUGUAAGUCUUCAUCAGCUUUUUUUAGACUUGUUUCUCUGAAACAUUGUCCGAUUUUAUAGAUUUCAAUUAUCUAAAAGGAAGUUAUCAUACUACUCAACAGCUUCGGCAUGUUCCCACACUUUUUGGCACAAGGAAUCCUAACUAUUGAAACAAUUCGCUUAUUGUCCAUUAUUUACAGAAAUUUUGUCCCUAGUCUCAAGCUUCCCCAUAAAUGUUUCUUAUUGUAUCGAGUACAUAUAUCCAUUUGCACCCAUCAAAAAAGAUAGUCCAAUCAUAUUUCAUUGAUCAGCCUAUUUCCACGGAUGAAUAUUUCAUCUAUCAGCCUGCGUUUUUGAAUGAACAUAACAAACCAGAUUUUCAUAUGCUAAUGUUUAUGAUUACAAUUGCAGCUACCAAAGUUGUAUUUUUUGCGAGGUAUAAACAAGCGAACUCGCCUUGAAGAUGAUUAUCGAAAAUUGUCUGUCGUUCUAAACUCUGUCUCGUCGUUUUUUUGUUUUAAUAAUUUCCAGUUACUGUAUCAUAUUUGUAUCAUUAUUCAUUCAAAACCGUGUUAGAUUUAUUUUUACAAAUAAAAACGAUCCUGUAAAUUUUUUAA